AUCAUCGGCAUUGAGCCGCCAUCAACUGGCUUAACGGCUUCUCUCUUCAAGUCCCCCAUGGCAGGACUCAUCGGGCGCCUGGUCGUCAAUUUUGUUCUUCUCCUCAUCUCCUUCAUUGCUUAUUCUUCGCAAAUCUUCGUUGUAUGGCCGUGGUACGGCAGAGUGGUAUCAAUUCCGUUGCUUGUGCUACUGGUGCCGUUCAACCUCCUGGUUGGCAUGUUGCUGUGGAACUACUUUCUCUGCGUCACUGUCGACCCUGGACAUGUUCCGGACAAUUGGAAGCCAGACACGCAAGCGGAUGGUUAUGAGGUCAAGAAACUGACGGGAAAGCCGAGAUACUGUCGGAUGUGCGAGAAACAUAAACCUCCAAGAGCGCACCACUGUCGCCAGUGUAACAAAUGUGUCUUGCGGAUGGGUACACUCUCUUUCCGUCUCGAGCCGUGCAUCUGCUUACUGCCUCCAGACCACCACUGCCCUUGGAUCAACAACUGUGUCGGUCACUUCAACUACGGCCAUUUCAUUCGAUUCUUGUUCUACGUUGACCUGGCGUGCGGUUAUCAUCUAGUCAUGAUCUCGCGGCGAGUGUAUCUAAGCAUGGGAGCUAGAUAUUGGGACGAGCCCGAUAGUACAGAACUCAUCUUCAUUAUUCUCAACUAUGUCGCUUGUGUCCCGGUCUUCAUGUCCGUAGGCGCUUUCAGUCUGUAUCACUUCAAUGGCCUCAAAAACAAUACGACUACGAUUGAGGGCUGGGAGAAGGACAAAGUUGCCACAAUGGUGCGCAAAGGCAAGAUCCAAGAAGUCAAGUUUCCCUACAAUGUAGGUACACGCCGGAACAUCGAAUCAGUGCUUGGACAAAAUCCAUGGCUUUGGUGUUGGCCGACUUCUCCUCCUGGCUCUGGACUUAACUACGACCUGACGGAGAACGAUGAUGCGGAAGCAGACGAGCAACCGAGAUGGCCACCAGAGGAUCCCGACUUCAUGCCACGGGACGACCGAUUCAAGCUGCCUGAUUCACCAUGGACUUACGAGAAUGGGAGCGUCAAUCCGGAUCUGGAACCCUCGAACGCUGCGAGGAGGCGGAAACUUGCCAACGGGGCUUCCGCGUUACCACCUUACCAUCCUGAUUACCGACCGGCCGACGACACCGAGGCCAGCGAGUCCAGCGACGAGGAUGAAUACAGAGAGACUGGCCGCGGCGUCAAGAUAAGACGCGGGUCGGAGGGUUAUGAAGUUCGCCCUGCUCAGCGAGAGGACAUGCUCCAGAGGUAUCUUGCCGAGUUCGGCGAAGAAUCACAGUCGUAUCAUCGAUAUAUACCAGAGGACUAGGCUAGGCUACCCAAUUACUCCAUCGCUUUCGCUCUCUCGCUGAUCUCGGCCGUCUUGUCAAGCGCCGGUUGAAUUGCUUGCUGCAGACUUUCC